AGCAAACCCGGCACUAAAAGGCAAGAAGAGAGCAAGAAGAGAGGAGGAAGACAAAAAGGGGGCUUGACGAGAGCAUGCACUUUUAGAAGAGGCUGCUCGAUACAUUUCUGCAACUCAAAGGGACUUAAAAGUUUUUGAAAGUUCUUUCCUCUCUGGAACCUUCUAUUUCUUUAAUGAGUGCGACAAGUGUGCUCAGAUCUUUCAGUCCAUCAGCUAUGCCUGGUCCAGUCAUGCCUAUAGACGUGGCCAUGAGGUUCUACAUCAGCCACUCUCCUCCGCCGCUCCGCGGUUUCCUCAGCUCCUAUGAGGAUCUGCAAAAGGCCAAGAACCGAGCCAACCAAUCCACCACCUGCAGCCACAAGCAACAGCUGUACAAACCCCUGCGGCCCUGCCUCAGCAACCAGCAGAAAGCCGUGGAUGAUGGCAGCUGCGGGGGCUGGAACAACAAUAAGGUCAGCAAGAAGAAAGUGGUGUUUGCGGACAUGAAGGGAAUGUCACUCACUGCCAUCCACAUCUUCUCAAAGUUUGAUGAUGAGCCGUAUCAGAACAAGAGUUGCGGGGGAAUCAUAGAGGACCUGCAGUUUGACAUGACAGACCUGGAAGCAGCCACAAUGGAUCUAAAGAUCAGCUCAGUGCGCAGCCUGGCACUGGACUUUAAGCAGCCCUCAGCAGACUACCUGGAUUUCCGGAACCGCCUGCUUAAGAAUUCAGUCUGCUUGGAGAACUGCUCGCUGCAGGAACGCUCGCUCACCGGCACCAUCAAAGUCAGGAACAUCGGGUUUGAGAAGUCUGUGCAGUUGCGAGCAACUUUCGACUCAUGGGUCAGCUUCACUGACAUUGACUGCACCUUCAUGAACAACGUCUACAGCUCCCAGGACACUGACACCUUUGCAUUUGUCCUGGAACUCCCCACUCACAUCCCGCCACAGAAUCGGAUUGAGUUCUGCAUCUGCUUCAAAGUCCAGGAUCAGACCUACUGGGACAACAAUGAUGGCAAAAAUUACACCCUCAAGCACGUUGGCUGGAAUGGGGAGGACCUGAACAUUACAAACCCCCCAACCUCUGCUGAGCAGAAGAAACCAUCAGAGCACAAAAACGGAGGAGUGAAGGUGCUGGAGAUGGAGUUUGAUCAGUUUGGCAGCCCACGCAUGUCCAGUGGACUCUUCCCUGGCUGGCAGAGCUGGGGACAGAUUGAUAACACUGUGCCCUAUUGGUGAAAAUAUCAGGAUGUUUGCUGAAAUGGUACUGACACUGAUGGAGCAUUCAGUACGAAUCCAGACGGGGGUUUCAGCCUCAAUUGGCCCUCAGCCAGAAACCAGGCUGAAGCAAACAACCUCUGCUUUUUUGGCAGAGGAAGUCCACAAACCAGACAGAAACCUAAGUGUAAUGUGCUCAACUGACCUGCUUUUUGCUGUAACAUGGUUCUUUGGCCUGAGAGACUUGAUGAUCUGUGGAAGGAGGAUAAAGGAUAAAUGGGGGAAUUUUUUUCAAGUUAUACAUAUUCCUCUUUUUGUAAAAUAUGUGCCUUGUCAGAGUGCCAGCCCACUGAAACUCAGACUAAUUGUAAAUGAUGCACUGAUUGAGAUGUCCCUCUCAAUGUGAUGUCUGUAAAGUGAAGAAGUGGAAACGGAGCUGAUUAAGUCCUUCAUAUUGAAGGGAAAGUGCAGGGAGUGCAAGGCGACAAAUGCUUCUCUACUAAUAGAAAUGUAGCUGAUAUGUUUCUAAUAAAAAUGCACACUAAACUUUAGCACCUUUAAAGCAGACAAUAAUUCACCAUGAUUCAAAAUGGCCUUAAUCUUGAAAGUUGAGUCAUGCAGCCCUUUCUUUCCCUCCAUGUACAUUGCACAUGUUUAUCAGAUGAAAAAUGUUUGGCUGAUGUAAUUUUGAGGUAAGUGUUUUAAGGAACUGAGCUGCUAUCGACAGAGGUGUCACAAGAGAGACUCGGUAUGUGAUUGGUUGUCUUGAACAGGGAAGAUGUUUGGAAAUGUCAGUGGUUACAGUAUGUCAGAAAAGGAGUGAUGGAUGGACUUAAUGUUUUGAUUAUUUACUUGUUUUCACAAGUGCAAUUGUGUGAUGGGUGUACAGUACGUGUGGAUGGAUUUGAGAUUUUUCUCACUGUGAAGAAAGGCCCGAAGAACUUUUUGUGUUUCACUUGAAGGUGUUUGUUGCUGACACACACUGUGUCAGAUUUGUAUUUCCCUUUCUGAAAUAAAUUUCUAUAUUUGUGCUAAAACGUA